AUGGUGACGGCGCCCCUCUGCGCGGAGCUCGGCGCAGUUGCCCGUGCCUCCCGACGACGCUGCGAGCCCGACGCCGUGCUCGAGUGCUCCGACGAGUCCGCGGCCGAUGCGCCGCCGUGGGAUCGGCGGCUGGACCGCCUGAGGAGUGUCUUCCCCGACUGCGGCGCCGCCGUGCCCGGCAGGCCAGGGCGCCGUCGCGCGGGGGGCCCCCGCAGCGGGCGCGCCGGGCAGGGCGCUGCGGCCGCCGAGCUGCCGGCGGACACGAGGCGGCGCGCGCGUGCCCAGCGGGCGCGCGGGCGCUGGUGCGGAAGCUCGCGGCGGGCGCCCGGUGCCUCCAAGGGCGACGGCGGCCGCUUCGUCGACGCGGAGGUGGAGCUCGUGCUAGCAGGCGUGAGGGUCCAGCAGGCCCAGGCCGUGCUGUGGGCCAGGCAGCUGGCGCGGAGGAGGCGCAGGCGGGUGCAUUUCGGCCCCGAGGCGGUACUGGAGAUCGAGCCAGCGGAGGGCCCUGCCGAUGGGCCCCUGAAGGGCAUCGAGUGUGACCUGUGCGGGCGGCGCCGCGCGAGGAGUAGCAUGAAGGCGAUCCUCUGCUUCGACUCCCUCCAUGCCGUCGUGGUGAAGUUGCCGACGUGGCUGUGCCGCGAGCCGUGUUGCCCGCCGUGCCAGCCUGGCGCAGAGGAGGUCCCCCUCAAGCAGCCCCAGGCCUCUCGCUCGCAGGCAAGGGCCAUCUCGUUCGCAGACGCCGCGGAGGCGGCAGACUCUGGGUGCCACGGACCCGCUGGCUCUGACGACUUGGACGGUCAGGACUCCGUGCUGCUGAGUUGGGCGGCGGGUGCGGCAUCUGGCACAGGAUUGCUCAGGCAGUGUGGGCAUUCUUCGCAGCUUGCGGAACACCUGACUGCGUGUGGCGACCCAAGGACGAGGGAGGAGUGGUGCGCAAGCUUCGCCAACGACAUCUGCGAGUUGGUGGAUGCCGUGUGCGACUAUGGAGAGUGUGGUCCAGAAGCUGCCAGACGACUGGCAAACGGCCUGGCUAGACUCCGCCUCGAGCGCGGCGCGGUCGCCUCAGGGCUGCUGGUUGCAGCCGUGUCCGAGCUCCCGAGUCCCCCCUCAGCGGCAGCCGUCUGA